AUGAAUACCUUCAGAUUUAUAGUAACUCGAAUACAGGCCAAGGAAGAUAACCUCUCUCUCUCCUCUCUCUCUCUCUCUCUCUCUCUCUCUCUCUCUCUCGAAGAUAUGGUGGAUGAGAAUCAUUCGCUGUCUUCAAAAGAUCUUUAUGCCAAACAUGAGCAUGUUUUGUGGGUGGAACAGCAAGAGAUCAAGCAACGGGACAAACGUGGAGUUUCAUAUGCACUUUACAAGAAGGAAGCCUUCACAGACCCGCUCUGGGAAAAGGAAUGGUAUUUGAGAGACCAACGACGCUCGAGAUUCGACGACCUGAACGUCAUUCCGUGCUGGUCGCGAAACCUAACCGGAAAUAAUGUUGUCAUCACGAUUCUGGACGACGGAAUUGAACACACCCACAACGACCUUAAGGCUAACUACGAUCCGAAAGCAAGCACAGAUCUGAACGACCAUGAUCCUGAUCCAUUUCCACGCUACGAUCCAACCAAUGAAAACAAACAUGGUACGAGAUGCGCCGGAGAAAUAGCAAUGCGACCAAACAAUGGUUUUUGUGGAGUUGGUGUUGCUUUUAACUCCAGGGUUGGAGGUGUGCGCUUCUUGGACGGUCCCUUGACGGAUAUGAUCGAAGCAAUGGCCAUCGGCUUUAAUCACAAAUACAUUGAUAUCUACAGCGCCAGUUGGGGACCUGUCGACAAUGGCCAGACGCUCGAUGGACCGGGAAAAAUGGCUACUAAAGCAUUCGAAAAAGGAAUUCAAGAGGGACGUGGUGGCAGGGGCAGCAUCUACGUGUGGGCCUCGGGCAACGGUGGACUUCACGAAGACAAUUGUGAUUGUGACGGCUAUGCUGCUAGCAUCUAUACAAUCUCAGUAACCAGUGUCACGUCCAAAAUGGACAAACCCUGGUACACUGAAAUGUGUGCUUCGAUUAUGGCCAGUACAUUUUCUGGUAGUCUCAUUAAUACUGGAGUGGUGAGCGCGGAUCUUCACAACAAAUGCACGACGGCGCAUUCGGGAACCUCUGCUUCUGCUCCAAUCGCUGCCGGAAUCUUUGCCCUCCUCCUUGAAUCCAAUCCACAGUUGACCUGGCGCGAUGUACAACAUUUGGUCGUAUGGACAUCAAACCCAGAAGGUCUUCGACAAAAUCCAGGCUGGAAAAAAAAUGGUGCCGGCUUUUGGGUAAACAGCAGAUUUGGUUUUGGUCUCCUUAAUGCCAUCGGACUUGUGGAAGCCGCCGACCUACGGAAAUGGCAGGGCUUACCCAAACAACGGUUGUGUCGCACCAGCUACAGUGGCAUUCCAAGAAACCUUGUGAGUGGGAAGGAAGUUUCCAUCCAUAUAAAAACUAAUGCUUGCAUUGGAACUUAUAAUGAAACCAACUUCUUGGAACAUGUGCAAAUAAUCUUGGACGUCGAUUAUAACAACAGAGGUGUGCUGGAAAUUGACGUCAUCUCACCUCAAGGAACGGAGACAAGUCUUUUGAGAGGUCGGCCCAAAGACAAAUCGAAAGAUGGCAUAUCAAAUUGGGCUUUCAUGUCAGUGCAUACCUGGGGAGAAGAUCCAGCCGGGACAUGGACUAUCAUCAUUCGAGAUAAGGGAUCAGACACGAAUUCGAGCGGAGUCGUUAAGAAGGCCACUCUGCGCAUGUACGGAACAGUAAGUCCACCUGAUCACGUGAUACGAUCCGGAGGUAAACGCCAUUACCAUGCCCAAAUGAAGGACACGUUCCAUAAACCAAUUCUAAAACCGAAUGACCCUCUAAAAAACCUGGACUUAGAUUUGGUGGAAAAACUUUUCGCCAACAUUCAACUAAAAAAGAAUCGCCAACGCCAACGCCAACACUGGCAGAACGAACUUCAACGGCAGGAAGACCAAAGAGAGAAUUUCAAAGCUUAUGACGAACCCUCUCUCUCUCUCUCUCUCUCUCUCUCUCUCUCUCUCUCUCUCUCUCUCUCUCCUCAGGUGCAACAUUGGGAGAGUUGA